AUGAAAAUAUUAUAGCCGAGUUGGAUAUUUACUUUCAAAAUAUAUUUCACUAUUUUUUUUAAUAUCUAAAAUUGAGUUUCCAUAUGCCUAAGAAUGCUCUGCACAAGAAUUGUGGAAGCAAAAAGUUCUAAAAACAAUAGUAAAAGUCCCCAAAAAGUCAUCCAGACACAAAUACUCUUACAUAAAUAUCAACCAAAACGACCUCACAUCUCAAGCUAAGCAAUUAAUACUCGCAAUUCUUGGGCCAACAGCUCCAAACUUCCGUCUCUUAACCUAUAUCUGUGGACUACUCGUAAUAAUGACAGACACUUUUCCCAUCUCCUUUUUCAAAAAAGAAAACAGAUUCAUUAUAGAAGUCCAAUAUAUUGGCAAAUCCAAAAAUAUAUUCGGCCGCAAAGCUUAUAGGAAUUCAACUUAUCUCGAUAGCUUAGGCCUUACCAAAUAUUUCCCUGCUCUAAAGGAGUCUAUUUUUGACAAAGCAAUUUAUUUCUGCAAGAAAGGCUAUGCGUCAGAGCUAGAAAAACUUGUGGAAAACUACUCACUAAAUAAUCCUCACGAAGAAGAUUUAUGUGCCCAGUCUCCACCAUCUAUGUGAACUCUUAUUCAUUAUGCGUCAUAUCAUGGCUACCCUAGAAUUAUUUCUUAUUUAGUUGGUCGAAGAGUGAAUUGUAAUAAAGUGACUAUUGAUGAAUGAACCCCUCUACAACUUUGUUGCUAUCAAGGACAUGCGGAUUGUGUAAGAGAACUUCUCAUGCACCCUAAUUUACAAAUCGACAAAAUGACAAAGUUUAGAGGAACUGGGCUUCAUUUGGCUUGCGAAAGAAGCUAUGUAGAAAUAGUCAAGAUUUUGCUAGAUGCAAAUGCAUAUAUGACAUUAGAAGACUAUAAUGGGAAAAUCCCAAUAGAACUUGCAAAGCACGAUGAAAUUCUUUCGGUACUUCCUGUGUAUAUGGGGAAACAAGAGCUUAAAAAAUAUUCCCAUGAGUACCCAACCCCACCUCCUUUUUGUGGAGAGGUUUAUUCAACUGGAACUUUAUUUAUUCAUGACAGGCUUGAAUUUUUAUUCAUGGACAUUGACAAAGGCCUUCUAAAUAGAUACCAAAAGAAAGAGAAUUUUUUAGACAAAGCAGAGCCAGACCUUUCAAUAAGACUAGCAGACAUACAAGAUGUAAGAAUAGAACAAGCACCCAUUUUUGGUGGAAAAAAUAAAUAUUUCUUUAUAGUUGAGACGUCUAAAUCGACGAGCUUGUAUUAUACCAAAUAUAAUGAUUUAAGACUUGAAUGAAUAGACAGGCUUAAAUCUGGGAUCAGAUAUUCUUUAUUACAUCAUAUGAACCAGCCAACUGAUGUAAGAAGAAGCAUGGGGCAGCUCCCAACAGAUGUGGCUGAAGACGAAACCAAAGUAGCAGAGGAAAAUACAGAAAAAGAAAUCAUCAACUUUAAAAGCUUUAGCAUCCUUGAUGAAAUUGGAAGUGGAGCCUUUGGGAUUGUGUAUAAAGUUAAGAAAAAUAACACAGCAGAAAUCUAUGCAAUGAAAUCACUCAGUAAAGCUACUUUGCAAAAACAAAAACAGCUAAAAUAUGCUAUAAGCGAGUGUAAAAUUAUGAAGGAGCUAAGCCAUCCAUUUAUAGUGACACUAUAUUAUGCAUUUCAAACAGCCCACUUUUUGUAUCUAGUUUUAGAAUUUUGCUCUAAUGGAGAUUUAUUAAGUUUGGUGCAUGCAAGAGGAAGAUUAGACGAAUAUUCAGCAAAAUUUUAUUUAGCUGAAAUAAUCCUUGCUAUUGAAUACUUGCAUAGCCUGAAUAUCAUUUAUAGGGAUCUGAAGCCAGCAAAUGUACUAUUAGAUGACGAAGGCCAUGCUAAGCUGUCUGAUUUUGGCUUAGCAAAGGUGAGCGCACAAGAAGAAAAUGUAGUCAUGACAAUGGCGGGGACGCCAGCUUAUCUCCCUCCUGAAAUUGUAACCAAAAAAGGUGUAGGGAAGCCAUCUGAUAUUUAUGGCCUUGGGCCUACUUUAUUUGAACUUCUUACAGGACAUCCUCCUUAUUAUUCAGAAGAUCUUGACGAGCUGUUUCAAAACAUAAGGCAAGCUAAAGUUUCUUUUCCUUCUUAUAUAAGCCACAACGCAAGAGAUCUUAUAAAUUCAGUUAUGAACAAAGACCCAUCAAAAAGGCCACAAAUAUCUCAAAUCAAGCGACAUCCAUUUUUCAGAAAGCUAGACUGGGAAGCUUUGCACGCAAAAAGGAUAAAGCCUCCAAAAAUUGAUGAAAAAACUACAGAAGCGAUGAAUACUUCUUAUGAUGUGGAUCUAGAUUAA